UUGGUUAUUAUGUUACUACCUAUACCUUGAUAAUAUGCCAAUCUCGUACCACUAUCCCAUCCCUGUCGUCUCCUGCAUGAACGCGGAGUACAGCUCGAGAUCUUCUCCGUGUAUGUUACAUGAACCUAAUUUUUUGUCCUUGGUUUGCCUUCAUCUUGAUCGUUGUCCAUGUCGUCGACGUGGGCGAUGUCGAGUUGAUGGACGUCAGCUCCGCCAAAUAUUUCUCCAAAAGACUAGAUAAAUGCCCCAAGGCACCAAAAAAGGAGACUAUGCCUCAUCUUUUUCUUCUUGUUCUUCUUGUUUUUCUUCUUCUUCUCCUCCUCCUCCUCCUCCUCCUCUCAUGCUCUGUACCGCAAUGUCACCCCCGACAGAUCAAGACGCAUCUCUGACAGGCUAACAGUCACAAUCACAGGCAACAGGCAACAGGCAACAGACAGCAGACAGCAGGCUAAAGCCUAGCUCGGGCUCUUCCCCCCUUCCAAAAGGACUUGAAUCGAAUCGACU